CUCCGCGAUAACUAACUACUACACCCAUCAUCUCAAGCGAAGCUGAUGACUUUUCCCUUCUUACCUCCCUGGUUAUCUAGCCUCUCUCCUCCUCGCGCUCCGCUCCACUUACUUCACAUUGUCUAUCGUCCUCUCUGGUCGCUCUUCUCACAAUGGCUGACGAAGAUCUCUCAAUAACCACCGCCUCGGCUCCCACUACCUCCAUACGUCCCUCGGGCCACUUCUACCCUUUCGCUACCUCGCCAGAUAUCAUCCGCUCUCACGAGAAGGAUGUCUUUCUCUCCGCGAGCUUGACCAACCAAGCUCAAUCCAUCGCCCGUUCCCUUCGUGGGGCUCGAUUCGCCCAUACGCACUCCGAGGCCAUCAAACGACUGACCGAGACCCUGUAUUUCUCCCUCACCACAUUGGUCGGGAAUCGGACAUUGGGCGAGGAGUACUGUGAUCUGGUCCAAUUAGAGGACGAUACACUGCAACUCCCUUCCCUCCCCCGGCGGGUCGGAUACAUCCUCAGCAGCAUUCUACUCCCGUGGGCGCUUCAGAGGAUCCUCCCCGCAUUCCGACAGCGAUUGCGAGCCAAACUCGAACGUAGUGUUGCCCGCCAGCAGGUCAAGAACGCCCAGACCAAGAGCACGCGAAACGAUCAGCGCGACCAAUCGGGCUCUUUCUUCACCAAGCUGCGGAUACAACGAUAUAUCCUGGAGCACCUCGAAUCCAUCACGUCGUUGUCGCCCAUUUACGCCGUCAGCAUCGCGACCUUCUAUUUCACCGGCGCCUACUACCACCUCUCGAAGCGCUUCUGGGGCCUGCGUUAUAUUUUUACCAAGAAGAUCAACGAGAACGAGCAGCGGGUAGGCUACGAGGUCCUGGGCGUGCUUCUCGUGCUGCAGAUCGCAGUCCAGGGAGUUCUGCACAUCAAGAAGGUGGCCGCCGGCCUGCAGCAGGAGGACCAGGACCUUCACGCAGCGGACGCUGGAGCGGCUGGCGGUCAAGGCGAUAAGGCGAUAAACUCCGUUGAGAAUCCGUCUUCGCUUCCGCUUUUGCCCGCUAGCCGUGCCCGGUACGACUUCGCCGAGGACCCGAACGCUGUUCCCUGGAUACCGGCUGGCCAACAGCGCAAGUGUACCCUGUGCCUAGAGUUGUUCAAAGAUCCGAGUGCUACCACUUGCGGUCAUGUGUUCUGUUGGACAUGUGUUCGAGACUGGGUACGCGAGAAGCCGGAGUGCCCGCUCUGCCGCCAGGAGGUCCUCCUGUCUAAAGUGCUACCCUUGAGAGGGUAGUACUAGUCUAAGAGGCGUCCCACCUAGUCCCGUCGCAUACUGCUUUCUUGGCAUGUUUCAGCGUUGCAAAUUGCUUGUUUCAGAUAUACCCUUUCAAUUUAGAGAUAUAUUUUGACAGUUCCUGCCUGGAUCGCAGCCAUCUGUCAAAGUCCUGGCUCACAUCUAUACAUCUCUGAAUACUUCGUAGAAGAUCCCCAAUGCCUCCCUAAGAUAAGAUCAAGGAAAGUUUUGCGUUUAUAGCUCCCUUUUGACAGGCUAACAGUAAUCCGAUCACAGUAUGCCGAUAUGACGGGCAAAUAUUGCAAAUGCACAUCCCUGAAACGUUGUGGUGAGAGGCACUGGUCUGUUUAUUUUCAGAAAGAGGAACCGUAUCUGUUCCCCGAUAUAUAUACGGACUUUAAAUCAUUAAAUGGUACACUUUGAGUUUUCCGGAGCAUCGCCGGGUUGCACUACUUCGACUUCU